AUGCGCGUCCUUAUUGCUCUGUGCCUCGUGGCUGCCGUCAGUGCCAGGAGUGGCUACAACUACCAGCCUGCAGCUUCUGCUCCUGCCAUCGCCUCCUUUGCUCCUUCGGUGGCCGCUAGCCAGGAUGCCCCCGCCGAGUCCUAUGCGCCUGCUCCCGCCCUCGAAACUGCUCCCUCCGCUGUGGCCACCAACUAUGCGGCUCCCCAGGCCGAGCUCCAAAAGGAGUUCUUCACCUACACCGCUGAUGAGCAGGACUUCCUUGAGCCAGCUGGCUCCGAGCAGGUUUCCGGCUCCCUGAACAAGGCCCUGCGUGUGAUCUUCAUCAAGGGACCCGAGAACACUGGCCUGGAGAACGCUGCGGUGGCUCUGGCCAAGCAGGCUGGUCAGCAGGAGACCGCCAUCUAUGUCCUGAACAAGCAGGCUGAUAUCGGUGAUCUGAGCAACAAGCUGAACGCCAUCCGCAACAACAACAACAACAAGCCCGAGGUGCACUUCGUCAAGUACCGCACCAACCAGGAUGCCCUCAAUGCCCAGCAGGCCAUCCAGUCGCAGUACGAUCAGCUGGGAGGAUCCUCCACCAUCCAGAACGGAGGCGUGGCUCCCGUCCUGAACUUCGCAUCUCAGCCAGCUGUCCAGCAGGUGGCCGCUCCCUCGGCUCCUGGUAGCUCCUACCUGCCCGCUUCGGUGCUCCGUCUCCGCCAAUAG